AUGCCGGCGCAGCAGGAGCUCCUGCGCCUGAUAGGCGUCGGGGGGGAGAACGAGCCGGAUCUCCCCCCCGAGCGACUGGAGGAGAUGCUCGAGCAGCUCUGGCGCGAGGUCGCUCCGCAGGCGCGUGCCGUCGGGCCGUCCGUCCGUCGCCGCGUUUUAAAUCAAUCGCUCGACGGAGAGGAACGCCACCUGACGCCCUCGCUCGUCGUCCCUCCCCCCGCUCCCUCCCUCCCUCCCUCCCUCCCUCUCCAGAUUCUCGACGGCCCCGGGAUCGAGACGCAGCUCAGCCGUCUGAACUUCCUCCCCACGGGCUGCGACGGCGUCGACGACCUCCUCGGCGGCGGCCUGCGCCAGGGCCAAGUCACCGAGCUCACCGGCGAGGCGGGCACGGGGAAGACGCAGCUGUGCCUCUCCGCCGCCGCGUCCGCGGCCGCGCUCGGUCACAGGGUCGUGUACGUCGACACCGGCGGCGGGUUCUCCUCCGCGCGCAUUAAAGAGUUCCACCGCGGGUUCGUCACCGCGGACGCGGACACCUCCGAGGUGGAGCAGCACCUCGCGCUGACGCUGGACCUCAUCACCGUCGUGAGGGUCCACGACGUGAUGCACGCGUUCAAAGUGUUAGAGGAGCUCGGGUUAGGACUGCUCGGUGACCCCGGAGUGAAGGGCGACGGCGGCUUAGAGGGCGAGGCGGACAGCGCGAUGAUCGGGCGCGAGAUGGGUCUGCUCGUCGUGGACUCGCUGUCGUCGUUGCUGUCCCCGACGCUCACGCGGUUGCAUCAUCAGGGGUACACGACGAUGGCGUCCGUCGCGUCGUUGCUCAGGAGCCUCGCGCCCGUUCACAACUGCGCGGUGCUGUACACGAACCACACGGUCAGCGCGGGGGGGAUGGGGGGCGACGGCGGCGGGGGAGGGGGAGAACGGGGCGGCGCGGGAGGGAGCGGGCCGUCGGUGAAGCCCGCGCUGGGGAUACGAUGGACGAGCACGCCGCAUCGCAGGUUGUGUCUGUCGCGAGACGGCGGCGGCGCGGGGACGUCGUGCGGCGCGGAGGUCAUCUACGGACCGGGGACGGGCGUGAGGACGAGGUUCAGGGUCGUCGGCGACGGUAUCCGGACGCUGUGA